GUUGCCUGGUGGUACACUGCGUGACACGACAAGCUCACAUCGGAAAAAUUAACCAUCGUCUUCAUCACCGGUAGGUGGCGAGACUCAUUUCUUCUACGUAAUUGCACUCUACAAUUCGCCUGAACUGAAAGACGACACAACAAUCACAUGGCGUCAUCGUCCUCCUCCAGCUCUGAUAGCUCCUCCUGGGAGCUUCAGUGCGUUGGAACUUUGGAAAUCGUAACUCCCAAACCUGUUGGCUUUCUCUGCGGUUCAAUCCCGGUUCCCACCGACAAAUCCUUCCACGCUUUUGGUUCCAAUCUUCUUCCUAACCGUCAAACAGUAAAUGCUCCGCGGUAUCGAUACCGGAUGCUUCCGACUGAGACUGAUCUCAAUACGCCUCCACUUCUUUCGCAUUUUCCUGAAAAGGUUCUCCCUGUUGCUGCUGUGCAGUCAAGAACCACGGGAGAUUUACCUUGGGAUGGUGCUGCUGUUGCAUCUAAUCUUAGCAGAAAAUGCGAGGCACUUGCAGUAUCUGGUUUGGCGGAGUAUGGAGAUGAAAUUGAUGUGAUUGCUCCUGCAGACAUUUUGAAGCAGAUUUUUAAAAUGCCUUAUUCAAAGGCUCGAUUAUCAGUUGCUGUUCAUCGCAUUGGUCAGACCCUUGUUUUAAACACUGGCCCCGAUGUUGAAGAGGGAGAAAAGUUGAUUAGAAGGCAUAAUAAUCAGUCAAAAUGUGCUGAUCAAUCAUUAUUCUUAAAUUUUGCUAUGCAUUCAGUCAGAAUGGAGGCUUGUGAUUGCCCUCCAAGUCAUCAUGUUUCAUCAGAAGGGAAGUCAAAUAAUUCUGUUCUUCCUGGAGGAAAUACUCCUCAGAUUGUGAAACAACAUGAUGAUGUUGUUCGAGCUGAAAGAUACAAUAGUUUUACUGAGUACGCAGAGGUUAAGCAGGACAGUUAUUUGUGGGGGGGCAAGAAGAAUAGAAGAAACAGAAAUCAUAAUCCAGUUAAUACGGUGGCAUCACAAAUUGGUGAAAAACCUAGAUCCUUCAUGCAAGAGUCUGAGAAACAAAGAAAAGCUGGCAAUGACAACUUUCUGAGGGUUUUGUUCUGGCAGUUUCAUAAUUUCCGCAUGCUACUAGGUAGUGACUUGCUUUUGUUCAGUAAUGAGAAGUAUGUGGCUGUGAGCCUGCAUCUAUGGGAUGUUACUCACCAGGUAACGCCAUUGACAUGGCUGGAAGCUUGGCUUGACAAUGUCAUGGCGAGUGUGCCUGAGAUGGCUAUCUGCUAUCAUCAUAAUGGUGUUGUUCAAGGAUAUGAGCUUCUGAAAACAGAUGACAUAUUUCUAUUGAAGGGGAUAUCUGAUGAUGGGACACCCGCAUUUCAUCCUUAUGUCGUCCAGCAAAAUGGUCUUUCUGUUUUGAGAUUCCUUCAGGAUAAUUGCAAACAGGAUCCUGGAUCUUACUGGCUUUAUAAAGGUGCAGGUGAAGAUGACAUACAGCUUUUUGAUCUUUCUGUUAUUCCUAAAAACCAUUCUUCUGAUGGUUGUCAUGAUAGUUCAAGCUCCUUGCCUACUUUAAUCAGUAGAGGCAGGAGUGAUGCUGUGUACUCAUUGGGAACUCUCCUCUAUCGGAUUGCUCAUCGGCUUUCACUUUCAAUGGCUGCUAAAAAUAGGGCUAGGUGUGUGAGUUUUUUCAGAAAAUGUUUGGAUUUUCUUGAUGACUCAGACCAUCUGGCAGUACGAGCAAUUGCUCAUGAACAAUUUGCCAGGCUGAUUUUAAAUUAUGAUGAAGAACUGAAUUUAACGUCUGAAUCUCUAGCUGUAGAAUGUGACCUAAUUGUUACUGAAGCUGAAGAGUCAUCCCUUGAUGCUGAAAACAGAAAUUCUGAGUCAGUUGUCCAUGAAGAGGUAUUAUCUCGUGUUGAAUCAUGUGAACAAGGACAAAUACUUGAGCACUUGGAAUCGGAUUCUACUGCCAACAUGACGUCUGCUACAAACACUGGGGAAUUAAUGGCCGCAGCUGACAUGGAAUUAAGCACUCAAGGAGUGGCUCUACCAAACUCUGGUGGUGAUGAGAGCUUUUCUGCACAGGAAGUAUGUCCAGUUCCUACACCUGUGGUCCAGACAGUAGCUGAUCCUGUCUCAUCUAAAUUAGCUGCAGUGCACCAUGUUUCACAAGCCAUUAAAUCUCUUAGAUGGAUGCGGCAGCUUCAGAGCAGUGAACCACAGCUAAUGGAUCAGUUUAGUGAAAAUCAUAACAGGCAACCUUCAUCAUUUAAUGUGUCUGUUUGUGCAUGUGGAGAUCCUGACUGUAUUGAAGUCUGUGACAUUCGGGAAUGGCUUCCAACAUCCAAGUUAGACCAUAAGCUCUGGAAGCUAGUUCUUUUGCUUGGGGAAUCUUAUCUGGCACUUGCGGAAGCUUAUAUAGAGGAUGGCCAGCUGCAUCAAGCUUUGAAGGUUAUACAAUUAGCAUGUUCUGUUUAUGGAUCGAUGCCUCCUCAUCUUGAAGAUGCGAAAUUCAUUUCCUCAAUGGUUAGUAAUUCUUCCUUACGGAGAAAAUUCUCCAAUAGAAAUGAUAAAACUGCAUUGCUAGAUGGCAAUAUAAAAGAUGAGAAUUGCAUCUCUGAUAAUGGGUAUCUUGCUAUCGAGAGGAAGUCUUCUACUUGCCUAUUUUGGGCCAAGGCAUGGGCUCUAGUUGGGGAUGUAUAUGUUGAGUUUCAUAAGAUUAAAAGUAAAGAAUCAAUACAAGAAUUGAGAAAAUCUACAACCAAAGAAUUGAGAAUGCCAUCUGAGGUUGUGAAGGAAGUUAAAAGGCUGAAGAGUAAAUUAACCCAGUUGAGCCAGAACUGCAGCUCAUGUUCCCUGAUAAAUUGCAGUUGCCAGAGUGAUAGAGUGAGUAGUGGAAGCAGUGCUAGCAGUAGUAGGGCAGAUAGGAGCGUUAUGGCUUAUGGUAGAAAGCUUAGUAAAAGAUCGUAUACUAAAAAUGUCGCAUGCUUGCCACCAAAGGACGCAGAAGAGUGCAUGCAUGACAUUGAUGAUAGGAAAGAGUCAGAGACGCAUGAAUCUUGUUCUAGUGUUGUCUCUCAAACUGAAUUUAAUUCAAAAGAAACAUCAGAAGUGAAAUAUGGUGGAAUCUUUGAGUACCUAGAUGGUCCUCAAGUUGGAGAAGUGGAGCACAACCUAUCAGCUGCUCUAAAAUGCUAUGAAGAAGCUAGAAAGUCAGUGAUUAAACUGCCUUCUGGUUUGUCUGAACUACAAUCUGUAGUUAAAAAGAGAGGGUGGGUUUGCAACGAAUUGGGCCGAAUCAGACUUGAAAAGAAAGAGCUGAGUGAAGCUGAACAGGCAUUUACUGAUGCCAUAAAUGCGUUCAAAGAAGUUUCAGACCACACCAAUAUUAUAUUGAUAUAUUUAAAUUUGGGCCAUGGCAGACGGGCUUUGGCUGAGGAGAUGGCGUCGAAAAUUGAAAAUCUUAAGUUACAUUCCAUCUUCCAUAACGCAUAUAAUCAAGCAUUAGAGACAACAAAACUAGAAUAUAGAGAAUCUCUUAGAUAUUAUGCAGCUGCAAGGUCAGAAUUGAAUGCCAUCAGUCAAAAUGAUAGUUCUGUGACAACCAACUUAAGGAAUGAGGUACAUACACAGUUUGCUCAUACUUAUCUGCGUCUUGGCAUGCUCUUGUUAAGAGAAGAUAGUACCGCAGAAGUGUAUGAAAAUGGAUGCUUUGAAGAUACAUUUAUAAGCUGCACCAAUACUCAUGACAGAAAAGUCAGGAAGGAACUGAAAAAGCAUGAGCUUUCAGCUAAUGAGGCCAUUAGGGAAGCAUUGUCUGUGUAUGAAUCUCUGGGUGAACUACGUAAACAGGAGGCUGCAUAUGCUUACUUCCAGUUGGCUUGUUAUCAGAGAAAUUGUUGUUUAAAGUUUAUGGAUUCAGGUAAUAAGAAAGGAGGCUUGUCUAAAGGUGAAAACAGGAUUCUGCAACGGGUCAAGCAAUAUGCAUCUUUGGCUGAGAGGAACUGGCAAAAAGCUAUGGACUUCUAUGGAGCAAAAACUCAUCCUUCCAUGUAUUUGACUAUCCUCAUAGAGAGAUCAGCUCUUUCACUUAGCGUUUCAAGCCAUUUGCACUCCUAUGCGAUGCUGGAAUCUGCUCUGGCUCAUAUGCUUGAAGGGCGUCAUGUUUCUGAUACAAAUGGUGAUAUGCACAGAGCCAGCGAUCCUGAACUUGAAGCAAAAUAUUGGAGGCAGUUGCAGAUGCUUCUGAAGAAAAUUUUGACCACGACACUUUCAUCAGGUCCCAACAAAUCGCAGCCAUCUUCAACAUCUAGCAAAUCUGGUGAUGGUGGGAAGAUCAGGGAACUCUAUAAGAUGUCUCUGAAGGCAAAUGACAUGGCCGAAGUGCAUGCAAUGUACAACUUGUGGAUAUCGUAAAGGUGAAACUCGUUUUGACUCGAGUCUUUAUGUCUCCGCCCCUCUACUUGGUUUCCUUGCUCUGAUGAUUAUGUUGGGGCUGAUUUCAUUUGGAUAUCCUUUUGUGGAAAAGCAUUCUUCAUCUAGUCAUCUUCUUUGAAGAGGCUGCUGUGUAAUUGUCAUUAACCUGAAGAAAAGUAGUCAUGUUGGCUGGGAACUGCACUAAAAUUUUUUAGCUGAAAACCUUUUUCUUCCCUCUUCCAGGUCCUGAAUCUGCCACUACUUGUAUUAAUACCGUUAUUGGCACGCAUGAUUAUGAUUUAUUAAUCUCAAGGGUAAUUAGUCAAUGAAUAGUUUACUUAA